CAGUCAAAGGAAGAAGAUGCUGGCGACAGCUUCACAAUGGCAGGUUCUCAAUCGCUAGUCCAGGCAGGCGACGACUCACAGGACAGCCAGGCCAUCCUUGAGGCCUACACGGCUGAGUUUGGCGUCGCAACGGUACGUAGCCAGUGCCGCUGGUGGAUUUGUUGCACUGGGCGCGGGCCACCAGCGAGCAAGCAAACACAUGCAUGUGUGUGCUAACAAUUUAUGUUUGCUGCGGUAUAGCUCGGCAGUUCACCUC